GCUGCUCACCUUUAGCUGAAGGAGCUUUAGAGCCAAGAACCAAUUUCUUAAAGAUCUCAUGUUCCAACUCGUAUCUUCUAGUUUUGUAUAACUGUUCACGUUCCUGCAGUUGGGUACCACCUCUCAGCCUUUUUCACAACCUUACCAUCUGAAACAGCAAUUCAGGAGAGACUGGCAGAAUUUUUAUGUUUGUUUAUAAAAGAUGUUUCUUUUUGGAGUUAGUCACUGGUAUGCAGCUGUGACACGAGGAAUGGAGAGGCAUCGCGUUAUCAAGGCACUGCAUGAGGAGAUUUUCUUGCUGUACUGAUCCACACUUUGCCUCACAGAAAAGAGGACACAGCUCUGAUUGUGUCAGUCCCACAGAUGCUGAAGUUCUUUCUUUCCUCAGCGCUGUCUGAGCAGGGCAGGUUCACAACUAUAAAUUCAUGCCUUUCAAAACUACUUGUGGUCCUUUUUUCAGGUCUUAAGAUCUGCUGAGCUGUCAUAUAGUAGACUGAAGAAAUUGAAAGCUCCAUUUAACAGGAGCUGUGGUGUACAUGCCAUUUCCGCUUUGCCCAAAGUUCCUGCAUACCAACUCUACCAGUCACACCUGGCCCUUCAGUGCAGUUGCUGAGCUUAUAGAUAACGCUUAUGAUCCAGAUGUGAGUGCUAAACAGAUAUGGAUAGACAAAACAGUGAUAAACAACAAUAUAUGCUUGACGUUCACUGAUAAUGGAAACGGUAUGAACUCAGAGAAGCUGCACAAAAUGCUAAGCUUCGGCUUCAGUGAGAAAUCUGUGAUGAAUGGCCGUGUUCCAGUGGGACUGUAUGGAAACGGGUUUAAAUCAGGGUCCAUGCGCCUGGGGAAAGAUGCAAUAGUCUUCACCAAGAAUGGAGAAACCAUGAGUGUUGGUCUCUUAUCUCAGACUUACCUUGAAGUCACAAAAGCAGAACAUGUCAUGGUUCCUAUAGUGACAUUCAACAACCAACGACAGAUAAGUGAUCCAGCAGAAUCCAAAAACAGUUUGAAGGCCAUCUUAACACAUUCUUUAUUUUCUACUGAGGAGAAAUUAGUGGCUGAACUAGAUGCUAUAAUGGGGAAAAAAGGAACAAGAAUCAUAAUUUGGAAUCUCAGAAGAGAUAAAAAUGAUAAAACAGAAUUUGACUUUGACAAAGAUAAAUAUGACAUCAGGAUUCCAGAAGACUUAGAUGAAACAGGGAAAAGAGGAUAUAAAAAACAAGAGAGACUGGACCAGAUAGUUCCAGAAAGUGACUACUCGCUAAGAGCUUACUGCAGUAUUUUGUAUCUGAAGCCAAGAAUGCAGAUCAUUCUGCGAGGACAAAAAGUGAAAACACAGCUGGUUUCCAAGAGCCUUGCUUUCAUUGAACGUGAUAUAUAUAGGCCAAAAUUCUUGAAUGCUAAAACAGUAAGAAUUACGUUUGGAUUUAACUGUAGAAACAAAGAUCACUAUGGAAUAAUGAUGUAUCAUAAAAACAGACUCAUCAAAGCUUAUGAAAGAGUUGGCUGUCAGUUAAAGGCAAACAACAUGGGUGUUGGCGUAGUUGGGAUUAUCGAGUGCAACUUCCUAAAACCGACUCACAACAAACAAGAUUUUGACUACACAAAUGAAUACAGGCUUACAAUAGCAGCGCUAGGAGAAAAGCUUAACGACUACUGGAAUGAAAUGAAAGCAAAGAAAAAUGAGGAGUAUCCAUUAGCUUUACCAGUUGAGGAGAUACAAAAGCAGCCUGAUCAGACAUGGGUGCAGUGUGAUGCGUGUCUGAAAUGGCGGAAGCUACCAGAUGGAAUAGAACAUUUGCCAGAGAAGUGGUACUGCUCACUGAACCCUGACCCACAGUUCCGGGAUUGUCAUGUGCCAGAAGAACCAGAAGAUGAUGACUUAAUACAUCCCACGUAUGAGAAAACUUAUAAGAAAAAAGACAGGGAAAAAUUGAAGAAGCGCCUAGAGUACCAGAUCAGUAACGAAAUGCUUUUAAAAACACCCGUUUCCUCAAGUAAAGACUUUAGAACGUUCACACCUGUGAGUGGAAGGGAAGCUGUUCCAAGAGCACUUUUACCAGAAACAUCAAAUGCUUCUGUCAAAAGACCUCUGCUUGUUUCAAAUAGAUCAGUAUCUUCACCUCAUUCUGAUUCUGAUAACAGUCUGAAACGGAAGAUACUCAUCAGUGUGACACCUUUAACUAUAAAGACACCUCGUUUAAAUAACAGGCCAUUCAAAAGCCGUGAUGAUGAUGAUGAUGUCAUUAUUUUAGAGGAGAGCAGCACUCCAAAGCCUUCAGCAGAUUCUGAUGUUCCAGUGGUAAAAACUGAAUGUAUAAAUGUUGACAAGGAGGAGCAGAAAAAAAACAGUGACGUAAGAGAACCCUGCAGUGCAAGUACUUCAGAAUCAAGAAGUGAACAGCUGACCUCUGCAACGCAGACGGAGGUCCCAAAUUUGGUUGUUAAAAAGGAAGAGGUGGAAGAUGACAUCGAUAUUCCAGUUCCCAACGCGGAAACGGAAACUAACCGGCACAAUGUAAAUAAUCUUCCUGAGACAUCUGCAGAUCUUGGAAACGAACUGAGAAAUCAGCUGCAAUUAGCAAACAAAGAGAAGGAGAUGUACCAAAGCAAAUGUGAAGCAUUAACUAAGCAAGUAGAAACACUGGAACAGAGGAUACUAGAAAUGAACAAUAAGUAUGUGAAAAAAGAAAUGUGCCAUCAGUCAACUGAGACAGUUUCUUCAUUUGCAGAAGAAAACGUUCAUGAAAGAAGUUUGGCGGAAAAAACCCUUCUCUAUGAACAGGCCUUAGAAGAAAUAGCAAAACUAAAAGAGCAAUGCAGUACUCUGCAGAACUUAAAAACUGAAUGCAGCAGGUGUGCUGACGGUGAAAGUAAGAGUGAGGUAGACGAAAUUGCUGUGCAGCUGGAUGAUGUUUUCAGGCAACUGGACAAAUGCACCAUUGAGAGAGACGAAUACAAAAGUCAGGUGGAACUACUGGAAGCGGAGAAAAAUAAAAUUGCCUGUCAAUGCGAAGAACUUAAAUCAGAAAUUGCAGAGUUGAAAGCUUCAAUCCCACAAGCAGUAGCGCGUGCAAAUGAUUCUACAGCCAGUAAUGUAGAAGACACUGUUAAUUUUUCUGAUGGAGAAAGCCUGAAACUGCGCUCCCUUCGAGUGAAUGUUGGACAGCUUUUGGCUACAAUCAUGCCUGAUCUAGACUUGCAACAAGUCAAUUACGACAUUGACGUAGUGGACGAAAUUUUAGGACAAGUUGUAGAACAAAUGCAUGAAAUCAGCAGCACUUAAGAUACUAAAAUUUUCACAGAGCCCUACUUGAUCUUCCAGUAUAACCUUUAUAUAAGUUCUGAAGUGUAAAUACUUCUUCGCUUUAUAUAUUUCACAGUUUGAUCAAUAAAUGUAUAUACUCUGUACGUUCAGGUGUUACCACAGAUGCAGUGGGUAGUAUCUUAACGUCCUCUUAAAUGAACACUGUCAAUAUCGACCAACCUCGAUGUACUUAAAGAUUUUGCUUUUAAAAUGUAUUUGUAAUUAAAUUUGCAAAUAUUUUUAUGAUUAAGAAUGUUAAUACUUUUCUACAAAAGUUUUGGUUGAUUUUUGGUCUUAUAUAUGCAUUGAUACUUGCAAUUUUUUUCCUCAUCCAAAAUCCUAGCAGUGGAAUAUAUUAAAAAUGCAAAAAAGGAACCUUGUUGAUUUUCUUCCCAGAACAAACCUCAGUAACUUUAUUGUAAACUACAGUAUUUUCAUUGCUAUCAACAAUGUUGUGUGUUGCAUUAAUAGUUUAGAAAUUUAACUAAUAGAUGAAAAUUUUGGCCAUAUUGGCAGUAUUUAUUGUCUUACUACCAAAAGAAGAAAAAUUCCUUAGGGGUUUUAUCCUGAAUAUGGAUGAUCUUUGACAGCCUUUUGGAUUUUCUGGUGUUGCUAGAAGACAUUUUCUGUACAUAAUCUUGCAGCAUAAACAAAUCCAUGGGAUAUUUCAGCCUUACCAGUCUUGGAGACCACAUGCCUGUUUGUGUCCUGCCCGUAUUACUUGAUUGUUACUUCCUCGUUCCAAGAACCAGAUUGUAUUGGAGUGCAGUCAGAUUGAUGAUUGGUUCUACCCCAUGGUUCCCAGUUGAACACGAACACAGCAGUACUAGUUUAUAAGUCCAGUAUGUUCCAGUACGUGAGUUCAAGUGGUCAGUUUUCACAUGCAGCUCUUGCCUGCCUAUUUUCCAAGUCAAAAGCAAUUGGUGAUCUGUUGGAGAGAACAUACACAAAACUAGCAUAGGAUUCCUGGAGGACCUCUGCUGUAAUACCACCUCUUGAGACUUUAAAGCCUUACUUUAGAGCUGCCCAAUGCAGAAAAUAAUUGACAUAGAGGUCUGUAAUGUAUACAAAUAUUUGCAUAUUUUAUCUCAGAAGAAAAAGUGUUGUAGCAUUAAGCGAGCAUUAAGCGAGCAUUAAGCCUCUCAGUAUGAGGCUUACCUUUCAAUCACAAUGGGCCAUGCUGCACAUAAAUGUCAGGCUACUCAAUCCUUGUUUAACUAGUCAAAGUAGAAAUAUUUUGAGAAACAAGAGGCAUGUUUUCUUAUCUGUGGUGUCAAAUGACAUAGUAAGCUAAAGCUGAAGAUGUUCAAAUGUGAUUUGUUUAUGCUAUCUUAAUGUUUAGGCAUCUUUUAUUACAGGUAAGAUAGGUGACUCCUUCUCUUUUUUCCCUCUUAUAUAGUCACAGUAAUUAUUAAGCCACUAGUUUUAUUAUUACAGUGGUGACAGUAUUCUUCUCUUCAGCCAACUGCAUGCUUUUUCCAUUGAGGUCAUCAGGAAUAAGGGGUGGGCAAAGAGCCCAUCUACCUGUUAUCUCUGGUGGCAUUCAUCAUCCAAACAGCGAUCAAAAAAACCAAUUUUUGCUUUUAAAAAAAUAAAAUCACGAAACUGCAUUCAGUGUUUGUUCCUAGGAAUUGUCGAUUUUGUAAAGCCAAGAAUUUUGGCUUUUGCACUGUUAGCUGUCCAUAUUUAAUUGGAUUAUGUUCCGUUUAGUUGUAGCUCAGUUUCUUCCAGUGGGCAGUACUUUGAUUUCAGGAUGCUUUCUGUUCCAGUAUGCCAAUAAGGAUAAUGCAAUACUGCUUUGCUUCAUGAUGGCUAAAUUGAAUGUUUGAUUUUUGGAGAGGUGGCUGUAAUGUAAAUUUUAAAAAGUUUUUCUUUUUUUUUUUUUUUUUUUUUUUUUGCUGUGUAGUUUUCCGUUCCUUCAUCAUUAUUUAUUAUGUUUCAUCAGAUUCUGUAGUUGAGUUUAUUGUAGAUGACAUAAAAUAUAGCGUAAGUCUAUAUUAAAAAUGGAAAAAUUACAGUGUACGUUUACACUUUGAAGAACAGUGGACUAAUGGAAAUGCUUUUUAUUUGUCAAAAUGUAUUUUUUGUAAAAAAUGAAAAUGAAAAAAUAAAUCUGAAU